ACAAGGUUAAAUACCUGACACAGAUUAAAAUUAAAUUAGAGAAAAGUGAAGGUCCUUCCAGGAGCUGGCGGUAACCUCUCCAGAGAAAUACUAUACUUCGAAGCCUAGGAACUGUCUGAAGUCAUAAAGAAAACUUGACAGAAAAAUGCUCGGGAACAUGACGCUGCCACUCCCGGUGUUUAUUGUAUAUCUGCUGUGGUUGAAAGACUAUCACUGUGCACCUACUUGGAAGGACAAAACUGCUGUCCACGGAGACCUGAAGGGUUUUGCCAAGGAUGGGGAGAUAGAUGCUGAUGAAGAGGUGAAGAAGGCUUUGGUUGGUAUGAAGCAGAUGAAAAUCAUGAUGGACAGGAGAGAGGAGGAGCAUGCAAAUCUAAUGAAAACCCUGAAGAAAUGCAGAGAAGAAAAACAGGAGGCCUUGAAACUUAUGAAUGAAGUUCAAGAAUACCUGGAAGAGGGAGAAAGGCUAUGCCAGGAGUCUCUGGCAGAUUCCUGGGACGAAUGCAAGUCUUGCCUGGAAAGUGACUGCAUGAGAUUUCAUGCAGCCUGCCGACCUCGCUGGUCCUCUAUGGAAAAUAUGAUUGAACAGUUUUUCAGGAAGAUAUAUGAAUUUCUGUUUUCUUUCCAUGAAGAUACUGAAAAAGAUCUCCCUUUUGGUGGAAAGGUCAUGGAGGAAGAUGCACAAGUGACCCAGAUAGAGCAUGUGUUCAGCCAGCUGACAGUGGACGUGAGAUUUCUCUUUAACAGGAGUUUUAAUGUCUUCAAACAGAUGCAGCAAGAAUUUGACCAGGCUUUUCAGUCAUAUUUCAUGUCAGAUACAGACUUACUUGAGCCUUACUUUUUUCCAGCUUUAUUCAAAGAGCCAAUGAGAAAAGCAAGUCCUGUGCAAAGCUGGGACAUUCCCAGCUUCUUUCAGCUGUUCAGUGAUUUCAGUCUCUCCGUUUAUCAAAGUGUCAGCACAGCGAUUACUGAGACGCUGAAUGCCACAGACGAUUCACCCAAACAACACAAAGACGCUGACCCUGCAAACCAGAGUUCAAAGACAGUACCUGUGCAAGACAGAGGGCUGUGUGGAGAACGUGGCCAGAAUUUGUCAGAAUGUGUCCAAGUUCAUGCAAGAUGCCAAAAAUGUCAGGAUUACCUAUGGAAAGAUUGUCCUGAUGUUCCUGAACUACAUACAAAAGUGGAUGAGGCCCUUAAACUGGUCAACAUAUCCAAUCAGCAGUAUAUCCAGAUUCUGCAGGUGACUCAGCAUCAUUUGGGGGAUACUACAUAUCUGAUGGAGAAGAUGAGAAAGGAAUUUGGCUGGGUGACUGAACUGGCAAACCAGACUCCAGAAACCGAGAAGAUCUUCAACUCCAUAAAGGUAGUUCCAGGCAUUCACCAAGGAAAUUUUUCCAAACAAGAUGAAACAAUGAUGGACUUAAGCAUUCUGCCUUCCCCGAAUGUCACGCUGCAGAUCCCUCUUGAAGAAAGUGCUGAGAGUUCUAACUUUGUAAGAAGAUCUGAUACAUCCUACCUCCAGCAAGUAGAAUCAUCACCUUAGCUGAGACCUGAAAAUCCUGGAACACACAGAAUAACAACAAAUGUAGUUGCAGGGAUGUUUGUCAUUUACAUGUUAAGGAGUAUUGUUAAUUCUCUGAGGUUGAAUGGCAGUCUAAAAACUAUUCACAUUGAGUUACAAUAAAAAUUCAUUUUCAAAAUACCAAAUGUACAUAUUACUAUAUUCUAUGGUACAUUAAUAGUUCUUUAUAUGUAUUUGUAUAUUAAACAUUAAAUCACCAA